AUGGCUGAUUUUGGAGAGAUUCUCCACAGUAUCGGAGAGUUUGGAUUAUUCCAGAAGAUUGUCCUUUUUGCUCUUUGCUUCCCGAAUGUUAUUCUGCCUUUUUUCUUUGCCAGUGUGUUUUUCAUCGAGUCAGAUCCGGAGCGAUACUGUAACACAGACUGGAUCCUUCAGGCCGACGCUAACCUGACCACAGAGGAGCAGCUGAACCUGACUCUGCCGCGGGACGAGGAUGGGACAUUCAGCAGGUGUCUCAUGUUCGUCCCUGUGGACUGGGACAUCGGUGCCAUCAGGGAGCAUGGACUCAACGAGACCACAGGGUGCCAGAACGGAUGGGUGUACGAUAACACGCUGUAUGAGUCCACCAUAGUCACUUAUUUUGACCUGGUUUGUAACCAGGCUUAUUUUGUGGGAGUUGCACAAACAGUGAUGAUGGCCGGCGUUCUCAUUGGGUGUCUCUUAUUUGGACCUUUUGCAGAAUCGUUUGGUCGUAAGCGAGCAGCUCAGAUUCCAUUUGUUUUGUUGUUCAUAUUUACUUUAACAUCUGGACUAUGUCCCAACUUCUAUUUAUAUUUGGCAUCGCAGUUCAUAGCAGGAAUUGGCUAUGGAGGCUACCGACUGAACGGCGUCAUAUUAGCCACUGAGUGGAUCGGGCCGUCCAAAAGAUCAUGGGGAGCCUGUGUGACUCAGCUGUUAGGUGCAGUUGGACAGGUCGUCCUAGCUGGUCUGAUUUAUUACAUCAGAGACUGGAGACUGGCUCAAAUCAUCACAGCAGCUCUGCUCGCUGUCGUUGCUGUUUACAUUUGGUUUAUUCCAGAGUCGGCCAGGUGGUUGUUAAGCAGAGGACGGACAGAAGAGGCCAAACAGCUGAUUAUCAGAGUGGCGGCCAUCAACAAACGCCCCGUACCAGACUCUCUGCUCGAAAAGAUUGUUGAGAAAGAAACUGAGAAAAAGGGAGGCGUAUUAGUUCUGAUCCAAUCCCCCGUGCUCAGGAAGUAUUUCUUUACCAUAAUAUUGGCAUGGUUUUCCUUAAAUGUUACCUACUACUGCAUUUCGUACAAUGUGGGAAAUUUUGGUUUGAGUGUCUUUGUGACGCAGCUCAUGUUUGGUGCGAGUGAACUUCCAGCUCAUAUACUUUGCAUCUGGCUGUUAGAGGCACUGGGGAGGAAAGUGUCGCUGAUAUCAACACUUCUGACCGGGGGAUUCAUGUGCAUUUUAAUUCUAGCUGUUCCUCAAGGUAAUGCCGUUGCUAUCACUACAUUAGCAACCUUGGGACGUUUUUUCAUAAACUGGGCAGGAUCUAUAUGUAGCGUGUAUGUUCAGGAGUUGUUCCCAACAUUUGUGAGACAAACAGCGUCAGGUUUGGGCUGCACUGCCAGCAGAGCAGGUGGCUUGGUGUCUCCAUUGCUCAACAUGUUGGCCGUGUACCACUGGUCCAUACCCAUCGUGGUCUACAGCGGCCUCCCACUGAUCAGUGGAGCUCUCAGCUUCCUGCUGCCUGAGACCAGGAGAAAAGAGCUUCCUGAUUCGACCAACGAGGCCGAGGGCAACAGCAUGAAGACGACCCCGAAGAAGGAGAGUGACUCGAACACGCCUGCACAAAGCAAAUCCACCAAACUGUAGACUGAAAACUUCUAUUACGGUCGUUUUUUUUUCGCUCUGCAGAGAAUCAGGACUGUGAUGUCGAUUUGUCAGCUGGUUUGUUUGCACACUUUGGUCCAUCGUCAUGCCACUGGUCACAU